CGGGUCAUCCCCACCCGAGCUGCUUGGGACCACAUUUUGAAUUCUUUGGCCGUUAGUGCCUCUGUGAUUUCCUCCUCGAAGAUUUGCCACACUGUGUGCGACGUCAGGGAAGUCGGACCCGAAUCGCUGCAACCAUGGACGAAGACGAUUCCCAAACCGUUCCUGUCGACAACACAUACCGCGAAGUUAUUGUCCACGAUAACAGGGAGUUCCAACGAUAUGCCUUGGAAAACGGGAUAUACUUCGCUCCAGUUGACGAUGACGAGAUCGAUCGCCUCCAGUAUAUGCACGAGAUCUUCAACAUGAUGUUCGACAACAGGUUAAUAUUCCCUCCGCUCCCACGGCCACGGAGGAUCCUGGAUUGUGGGUAUGGAUCUGGUGCCUGGGCCAUCGACGUUGCCGAACAAUAUCCUGAAUGCGAGGUGAUUGGAAUCGACGUGUACCCCUAUCCUGUACCGGAAGCCCUCCCACCAAACUUGGAUUUUCAGGUUGACGACCUGAACAGUCCGUCCACGUUCCCUUCCAACUACUUCGACCUGGUGCACAGCAGGAUGAUGGCCGGCGGCAUCCAUGCCGAUAGGUGGAUGAACUAUCUCGGCGACACCUUGCGCAUCCUUCGCCCUGGAGGCUGGUGUCAGAUGGUCGAGAUAUACUUCAAUGCUCAAUCUGACAACGGAACGCUUACUUCCAAUCAUGCGCUUCAGGUUUGGUCACAGAGCUACAUGCAAAGCAUCCAACCAGCGAAAGAUCCUAGGGCACCAUUGCGACUGCAAAGCUGGAUGACGCAAGCGGGUUUCGUUGAGGUCGAGUCUCGGUUGUUGACUUUGCCCCUGAGCGGUUGGCCGACAGAUCCGAGAGACCAUGCCAUCGGCACCGCAAACAGACCCAAUGUCCACCGGCUCCUGUCCUCGCUUGCCGUAUUCCCCUUUGCACACGCCCUCAACAUGUCAAACACCGACAUACAGCUUCUCGUAGCGCAAGCUCGCAGUGAAGCCGACAACCCAGCCUUCAAGGCUUAUUUCCCAGUAUACGUUUGCAUAGGCCGCAAACCAGGCAGUAGUCGGCAUCACCGGCAGGGCGACAGUCGAAGCCACCAGAUCCCGAAAGGUGCAAGACACGGCGAUUCGAGAAAGCGGGUGCGACAUGGAUAACCGGGAGCACGUCGAGGGCGUUUGCCCAUGCGUCGGGCGUCUGCGAUGCCUCUCAUUUUGGCUGCGCAGACGUAGAGUGUUGCAUACCUGGCAGAAUUGAACAAGGGACAACGAAGUUGAUGACCAGCACUGUAUGCAGCAUUUCUCGGUUGCGAUGGGUGCGGAUUGGUAGUUGUGAGCCGAGUUCCUCGAUACCCCAGGUUCAGAAUUAGUCGGUUCUAGCAAACCCAGGCCUUGUACAUGUACUGCUGUUGCGUCUCGAUGUUGGUGGGAAGCAGGAAGAUGUCAGACUGCUAUUGUAUCUUUACGAUGGGGGGAGAAGAACUCGAAGGCGAUGGUUGUGGGUCGAGAGAGGCAGAGCCAGGUUGAGUGUGCUCGUCGGUACCUUCCAGGUUGGUUGCCAUAGGACGGGCACGGCCGCCCUUUCCGCGCCGUGCUCGGAGAAGCCCAUUUCAAGAGAACUGUGUCUAGACC